AUUCAAUUCAACGCAGCUCACAAUACAACACAACACAACACACACAAUAACACCUUCGUUAAACUCGAACCCACUUUGCUUCAUAUUGCAAUUUUCAAUUCCUUCGUAAUUUCCUAUAAUAAAUAUUAAAGCACUCUCUUCUCUUUUUUUCAAUUUUCAUUUUCCAUCUUCUUCGUAAACCCGCACACACUUACACUUAUUAACAUAGACUCAGAUUUCUCUUUCUUUUUUUUUUUUUUUUUAAUUAAUUAAUAAAAAAUGUUGAAACUUUCAUGCAAUGGGGUGGACCGGAUUCAGCUUCUGGCCCAAUGCGGGUACAUGAAUCGGCCCACUUCCGUUUUUUCCGGCCGGAGCUCAGUUACAGGAUUCCGGUCUACAAAGGCGUGUUCGGUUCAGGCUGUGACGUCAGCUAAGGACGGUGUGGUGGUGAACCGGGUCGAACCGGAUAAUAGGAGUUUUGCGGACCGGUUGCGGCUUGGGAGCUUGACUGAAGAUGGAUUGUCUUAUAAGGAGAAGUUCAUUGUUAGGAGCUAUGAAGUUGGAAUCAAUAAGACUGCUACUGUUGAAACCAUUGCUAAUCUCUUGCAGGAAGUUGGAUGUAAUCAUGCUCAGGGUGUUGGAUUUUCAACUGAUGGUUUUGCAACAACCCCUACCAUGAGAAAAUUGCAUCUCAUAUGGGUGACUGCUCGCAUGCACAUUGAAGUCUACAAAUACCCUGCUUGGAGUGAUGUUGUUGAGAUAGAGACAUGGUGUCAAGCGGAAGGUCGGGCUGGAACAAGGCGUGAUUUUAUAAUUAAAGACUAUGCAACUAAUCAAGUCAUUGGAAGAGCAACAAGCAAGUGGGUAAUGAUGAAUCAGGACACCAGGCGACUCCAAAAAAUGAAUGAUGAUAUUCGAGACGAGUAUUUGGUUUUCUGUCCUCGAGAGCCAAGGUUGGCAAUUCCAGAGGAGGAUAGUAACUGCUUGAAGAAAAUUCCAAAAUUGGGAGAUCCUGCUCAGAGUUCCAGAUUUGGUCUUGUGCCUAGAAGAGCCGAUCUUGACAUGAAUCAGCAUGUUAACAAUGUCACCUAUAUUGGAUGGGUGCUUGAGAGCAUGCCUCAAGAAAUCAUCGAUAGCCAUGAAUUGCAGAGUAUUACCUUGGAUUACAGACGAGAAUGCCAACAAAACGACAUAGUCGAUUCACUAACAAGUGUGGAAACAUUUGAUGAUGCUGAGGUUGUUCCAGAACUCCAAGGUACAAAUGGAUCUGCCAAAACAAGGGAUGACAAACAACAGUUCCUUCAUCUACUUAGAUUGUCUACUGAGGGACUUGAAAUAAACCGGGGGCGCACAGAAUGGAGAAAAAAGGCUCCAAGAUGAGGACUUAAUCAAUUAUUCAUCACGUAAAUUUCUCAACAUUAAGUCGGUUUGAAUAGAUUUCUCAACUAGUUUUAUAAAACAAAGUUAAAAGAAUAUUUGUAAUAAUUAUGAGUUUUUCUUUUUUGUUUGACAGAAUCAGUAUGAGUUAUUUAAACUAUAGUUUCUUGUGUAACUUGAAAUUAGUGUUUACAUUUCAUUUUCUUGAAGUUUUCAUUUAA